ACUUUUUUUAUUUUUAUUUAUUAACAUCUUAGACAAUAAUCCGAAACCCGUCCCAACUACGUGUGAAAAAGUAAACGGUGGCUUUAGUGAAUGGUCUUCGUAUACUAAAUGUUCGUUGACUUGUGGUGGUGGUAAAAGAGAACGCUUUCGUACUUGCACAAACCCUGCUCCUGCUUGUAAUGGAAAACCUUGUUACGAUGCUACAUCAGAAACACAAUCAUGUAAUUUGCAGAGAUGCCCAGGUUUAUUGUUAAUUUGAUAUUAUUAUUAUUAUGAAGAUGGUAACGGUAAUGGUGAUGAUGAUGGUGAUGAUGAUGAUGAUGAUGAUGAUGAUGAUGAUGAUGAUGAUGAUGAUGAUGAUCAUAUGGAUGUUCGGUAGAGCAACGCAAGUGUUCUGUAUUGCAACUCAUUUGUUCGGUAAAGCAACGUGACGCGGCCUAUGUUCGUUUUUGCAACCAUUUUGUUCGUUAUCGCAACUUGUUGUUCGUUAUUGCAACCCCGGGAGCGCAUGUUAAGCUUUAUAAACUUUUUGUUUUUUAAAACACUUACUUGAUCGUAAGCCGGUACAGAAAAUUGUCUGACCUCCAUCGAAAAUAUUUGUAUUGUUUUUACAGCAAAUAAGUAAUGUCAAUCAUAUAUAUUUAAAACUAGAACUAAAAUCGCUUUUAGGUGAAAUGUAUGAAAACAAGGAUUAAAAUUUAUCACAAGCUAUUUUUUUCUUUACUAUAUAUAUAUAUAUUUAUAUACUUUUUUUUUUCAAGACAAGUUGCACUCCUAAAAUGUCGUGUGUUCUUUGCAACAAAUUUUUUGUUGUAGAUGGAUGUAAUUUUUGCAACCAAUGUUUAAGUAGUACUAGUGAUAUUGAAGAUUUAGAUAUAUUUGUCAUAACAGCAUUGAAUCUGUUUACAAAAAGUAGCAUGAUGGAAAUUGCAUCUUCUCAGUUGCUUAAAUCAAUUUAUUCUGGUCAAUUAUACAGUUACAGACAUAACUGGUUUAAAGCGGGUGGAGAAGAUAAAAGAUGUCUUCGUAAUGCAGAUCUUCUUAGCCUAUUAUCAGAGGAUCAAUCAAAUGAGCUUUUUAAAGCUCUUGUUUUAGCAUUUAAUAGUUUAAAAGAUAGCGACUAUGUAUUUAAGGUGCUAGUCCCAGAAUCAAUAGUAUUUUUAUUUGCCAAAUUUAGUAAUGUUUCGAGAAUAAAGGCUGAAGUAGCUCUGAAUGCCUACAUUUCUGAAAAAAAUAAUAAACUGUUCUGUAGCUCUCUAAAAUCAACUAGUGAGAUCGAUAUAGAUUUCUCAAUUUUUGUUUCGGAAAGUCAAUCAAAAAAUAAAAUUAUUGAAGAGAUUGGAAAAUCAAAAAACUUACCAUCUAUAAAUGCUGAGUUUUUAAAUAAAGAAUGGACCAAAAUCACUGCUGACUCUCCUGAUUAUUUAUCAAAUACAAUUAUUGAAGAUAAUGGCAACUCAAAAAACUUACAAUCUAUAGAUGCUAAGUUUUUAGAUAAAGAAUGGACCAAAAUCACUGCUGACUCUCCUAAAUGCUCAUCAAAUGUAAGUCAAAAAAAUUAAAUAAAUAUUCGUGUGUGUGUGUGUGUAUAUAUA